AUGGAGAAGAACAAGAAGGCGUCAAAAUAUGCUUACGAUGGGAAGAAAGAUUGGUCAAACACAUGGCCCACUCGUGGCGAAAAACGGCGCCAGAUAGAGCCCGCUCGACUGAGUCAAGGAAGGGGUUCUUCCGAUGAUGAUGCCGGUAACAUGUUCGAGGAGCAUAACUGUCAACAUCCUCUAGAACCAACUCUGGAACGCAGACGGAAGCCGUAUGCUGUGAGAUACAAGGAAGAUGACAAUGACACGAACAGGCCCACGGACAACGGUCGACAAACCGUCGGCAUUUCCCCAAACGAUGACGACAUCAGGCCAUACGCUGUUGCAUACAUGUGCCAGGAUGACACGGUGGUUGUAAGAGGUUUGAAUUCGGGACAGACGCAACAUAAAACCAAAACGGCUUCAAACAGAAGCAGCAAUGAUAUGUCGGGACACAACUCAUCCAUAAAUGGGACGAAUGACAUGUGGUCAAACGCCACAGAAAGUGACAGUCACACACACGACACCCAGCCUUCCUCCAGUGCACGUCAUCUUCACCCGAUGUACUUGCGACUCCCCCAGCACCCAAAUCCGAUAAAGAUGAUGCCUAAUCUACAGUACGCACCAGGCAGCGCUCCAAACGAUCACCCCAAAACAACUAGCGGUAAAUUCGUUUCUCGUAUGUUUUCCUGCCGAUGCUCCGUGUAUGUGUGUAUGUGGUGUGAGUAUCGCCGAGUGUGCGUUGCCAUAGUGACAGUUAUCAUCCUGGUGUCCUUAACGUUCGGAGGGACGUUUGCCGUCUUAUACUUCAACACCACAGGACGAGAUGUUGCAAAGCCGACACCAGCCGUGGACACCAACUGCACCCGUGGUGACACUGUCUGCCACGGGUAUGGGCAGGAGACAAUGGCCGAUCUCUCCACCAUGUCCACGCCGACACCAGCCGUGGACACCAACUGCACCCGUGGUGACACUGUCUGCCACGGGUAUGGGCAGGAGACAAUGGCCGAUCUCACCACCAUGUCCACGCCGACACUAGCCGUGGACACCAACUGCACCCGUGGUGACACUGUCUGCCACGGGUAUGGGCAGAAGACAAUGGCCGAUCUCACCACCAUGUCCACGCCGACACCAGCCGUGGACACCAACUGCACCCGUGGUGAUACUGUCUACCACGGAGGAAUGUUUGAAAAAUUCGUAUGUAACGCCAAAAGCUCUAUUCCAGAAAACCCUGAUGGAGGCGCGAACUCUACGAUCACCUUUGGUGGGCCGGGGUCAGCCCCGGGGACAUUUCUACAACCCCGCGGAGUGGCCAUAUCUGCUGACAAUGAGAUAUUCGUGUCUGACACGAGGAACGUUAACAAACGGGUCCAAGUCUUUAAUAUGGGUGGGGACUUUCUCCGCCUCUUCAAAACGGUAGUGCCCGCCGAAAAUAGACAAAGCAUAAGUCCUCACGAUGUUGCCAUAGACGAAAAAGGGCGUGUGUGGGUAGUGGGUCAUACUUUUUUCUUCAAGUCACUAUAUGUAGUACAAUACAGUCAAAAUGGCCAGCCGGUGACCAAGUUCGAGAUUCCCUGCUCGCGUAGUAACGACGUCUGCGUUACCGAUUACUCUAGCAUUGAUGUGGGAAAGGAAAAAUCAUUCUGGCCAAUUUUGACGAGACGGAAAUUUGAAAAGAGUAAAUAUCGUCAGUGGUUCACAUCCGUCACAUCGGACAUGGAAGGGAAAAUCUAUGUGACCGAUUCUGGAGUCUCCAAGGUGAAAGUGUACAAUUCGUCCGGACAUUUUCUACUUAGCUUUGGGGACGGACUGAGUCAACCCCGAGGUAUCUGUGUGGCCCCAUCUGGGCAUAUAAUCGUGGCGAAUCUUGGAAAGGGGCGCAUAGACAUGUUUAACAGCACGGGAGAAUUUGUCCGCACUGUUGUUAAAAUUGCAAAACCCUGGGGUACCGCUGUUGGACCAAACGGACAGUUAGUUGUGACUAGUGAAGAGAAGAACACUGUGUCGAUUUUUCCUCGCCAGUUGGUAUAUCCGGAAUAACCUCCUAGCAGAUCUUUUGGAUUGUGUCUUGCUUGCAAAAGACCUGCAUGGAGAUUACUUCCCCAAUGUUCCCCAAUCUAUGACUUGUUGAAAACUGUUUGUUUUAAUUUCUACUAUUAAUGUAGAAGCACAGAUGUAUCUUUAGUUCAAAGUAUAAAAGUCACAACUCAAACAGGUCCCCCCUAG